AUGGCCGGGCACUACCGCGUGGACAUCCGCCGUCGCCUGCAGACCACGGUGCAGACGCUGGAUUCCGUCGAGCUCAAGGACGACGACGACUCCCCGUCGGUGGUCAUCCGCGGCGUGCUGAUCAAGGAGGACGCGCGGCUCGACAGGUGGCUCGGCCACUUGGGGGACGUGAGCGCCGCGUGGAACGACCUCACCCACCAGCGACAGCAGUUCAAAGCCGCGUCGAAGAUCAAGGCGAGGUACACGCUGACCUUCUCGCCGCAGUCCGAUCGAAGACUCGCGUUCGAGUUUCGUUGGGAGGACGAGAUAAACCAGAUCUUCAUGAGAUAUGCGCACACGCCCGACGAGAGGAUCUACGGUUUGGGCGAACAGUUCAGCAGCCUCGAGCACAACGGCAAGCGACUGCCCAUCAUCGCCGCGGAGCAGGGGAUCGGCCGCGGGAAGCAGCCGACGACGUUCAUGUUCAACCGCAUGUUCUUCGGUUCCGGCGGCAGCUGGCACACGACAUACAGCGCCAUACCUCACUACGUCACCAGUAAGGCGAGGAGCCUAUUCCUCACCAACUUUUCCUAUGCCGAGUUUGACUUUACCGACGACGAGAAGAUCUCCAUCCUGUCAACCACGCCGACGAACAGACUCACGGGGCAAAUAAUCGGCGCGAGGAGCGUCCCGGAGACUGUCGAGGCGUACACCGAGUACAGCGGUCGAAUGGGCCCGUUACCGGAGUGGGUGUACGCCGGCGGGGUCAUAUUGGGCAUGACGGGCGGAUCCAAACGCGUGCGGGAUGUGGUCGCGAAGCUCAAGGACGCGGACGUGCCGCUCGCGGGACUGUGGCUGCAGGAUUGGGGCGGCGCCAGGAACACCAGCAUAGGGAUCGAGCGCGUGUGGUGGAACUGGGAGCUCGACGAGUCGCAGUACCCGGACUGGCACAAACUCCGAGAGGAAGCCGCGGCGGGGGGCGCCCGGCUGCUCACGUACGUCAACCCCUUCCUCAUGGACGCGAGCGGGAGCAAGGGAAGGCUGUACCGCGAAGCCAAGGAGCGCGGUUACAUGGUCCGGGCCGUCCACGGGGGCGUGUACCGCCUCGGGAGCGAGCCCGGUGUUUCGUUUGGCUUGCUCGAUUUGACAAACCCGGACGCGAGGGAUUGGAUCGAGGAUAUCAUCGUGCGCAUGGUCAACGAGACCGGCGCGUCGGGCUGGAUGGCCGACUUCGGAGAGUACCUCCCGUUCGACUGCAAGCUGCACAGCGGCGAGAUGCCGGUGGCUGUGCACAACAGGUAUCCCGAGGACUGGGCCGAGCUGAACCGCCGAGCGCUUCGCCGAGCGGGGUUGGAGACGGGAUCCGGGGAUUCAAUCGGCGGCGACGGCGUGUUCUGGUCGAGGUCCGCGUCGACGCUCACCCCCAAACACGCGAGGCUCAUGUGGCUCGGCGACCAGCUGGUGUCGUGGGACGCGCACGACGGGAUGAAGUCCGCCCUGCUCGGUAUGCUGCAAGGGGGUCUAUCCGGCCUCGGGAUUUCUCACUCGGACGUGGGCGGAUACACGGCCACGCCCGGUCGGCACAGGACCCGCGAGCUGCUCAUGCGGUGGAUGGAAUUCAGCGCCCUGUCCGACGCGGUGUUCCGCACGCACCAGGGUAACCGCCCGCUGCACAACGCGCAACCCUGGGACACGCCCGAGCUUCUCGACCACCUUGGGGCAUUCGCCAGGCUGCACAGAUGCCUCGCGCCCUACAGACGCGAGCUCAUGAGAGAAUGCUCGCUGACCGGGAUGCCGAUCACCCGGCCGUUGCUGAUGCACUACGCGCACGACCCGGUGGCGAGCAACGUGGCGACCCAGUUCCUCAUCGGCCGCGACAUCCUCGCCGCGCCGGUGAUGGACAGGGCGACACCGAGGGUUCACGUGUAUUUGCCACCCGGCGACGUGUGGCUCGACGUUUGGACCACGCAGUUGUCGCCCAUCCAACCCACGGGCGCGAACCGGGACGACGAAGACGCGGAUGAUUUCGAUUCUCACAAUCACCACGCGGGUUACGGCGCGUGGGUCACGGCAGACGCCCCGCUGGGUUGGCCCGCCGUGUUCAUUCGGAGGGGCGCCGGGAAGCCCGCGCAGGCAGCCGCGGCGGCGAUGCGCGAGUGGGCGAUGGAGCGGGGCGGGCUGCCGGGGCACAGGCGGGUGUACCCGAUGGAUCCGGUCGAGAAGCUGGUGCUGGGGCUGUACUGA